AGCAGCAGCAGCAGCAGCAGCAGCAGCAGCAGCCGCCGCCCCGCUCACGGCUCCGCCGCCCCCUCCCCGCGCAGCGCCGCCGGGCCCCGGCUCGGCGCCCCCGGCGGAGCGGCCAUGGCGGGCCGAGGCGGCCGGGGCCGCGGGCAGAUGACCUUCAACGUGGAGGCCGUGGGCAUCGGCAAGGGGGACGCGCUGCCGCCGCCCACGCUGCAGCCCUCGCCGCUCUUCCCGCCCCUGGAGUACCGGCCGGCGCCGCUGCCCGGCGGCGAGGAGCUGGAGUACAUGCUGGCCCUGAAGCAGGAGCUGCGCGGGGCCAUGAGGACGCUGCCCUACUUCGUGAAGCCGGGGGCGCCGCGCAGAGACAUCGAGCGCUACUCGGACAAGUACCAGGCGUCCAGCCCCGUCGACAGCGCCAUCGACUGGAGCCCAGGGUAG